GGAGGAAGAACAUGCGCACUUGUGGAAUCCAUAUCUCUCUCUAUAUAUAAUAUUCAAAUAGCUAGCAAGCAAUUAAGCUGUUAUCGCCAUGGGGCUGCUUCGUCUGCUCGUUCACAAAGACUUCCAUGAAGCCCUAGCCAAGAUGACUCUCACAGACAGGCUUCUCUUCCUUGUGAUUCACUUGGUGGAUAAGGCUGGGCUUUGGCACCGCUUGCCGGUGAUCUUAGGGAUGCUUUACCUUGCGAUCCGCCGGCAUCUUCACCAGCAGUACAAUCUGCUCAACGUCGGCAGAACGCCGGUCGGCGUCAGGUUCAAUCCGGCCGAUUAUCCUUACAGAACGGCUGACGGCAAAUUCAACGAUCCUUUCAAUGAAGGCGCCGGCAGUGAAUUGAGUUUCUUCGGCAGGAACAUGCUUCCUGUUGAUCAGAAAGCCAAGCUCCUUAAGCCGGAUCCGAUGGUGGUCGUGACAAAACUUCUGGCACGUCGCCGGCUGAUAGACACCGGAAAACAGUUCAACGUUCUAGCAGCUUCUUGGAUUCAGUUCAUGAUACACGACUGGGUUGAUCACUUAGAAGAUACAAAUCAGGUGGAACUUACGGCACCGAGGUCAGUGGCCAAACAGUGCCCUCUCCAAUCUUUCAAGUUUUACAAGACAAAGGAGGUUCCCACUGGCUUUUUUGAGAUAAAAAAGGGUCACCUCGACAUUCGGACACCUUGGUGGGAUGGGAGUGCCAUCUAUGGGAGCGACCAGACGAGAUUGGAGAAGGUGAGGACUUUCAAGGACGGCAAGCUGAAGAUAGCCAAAAAUGGGCUUCUGCUCCACGACGAAGAUGGGAUCCCGUUGGCCGGCGACACUCGGAACGGCUGGGCCGGCAUCUCCGUCUUGCAGGCUCUCUUUAUCAAGGAGCACAAUGCAGUCUGCGAUGCCCUCAAGAAGGAAUACCCAGAGCUGGAAGACGAAGAUCUGUACCGGCAUGCAAGGCUGGUCACCUCCGCCGUCAUUGCAAAGAUCCACACCAUUGACUGGACAGUUGAGCUUCUCAAAACUUACACAUUGCUUGCAGGAAUGCGAGCCAACUGGUACGGAUUGUUGGGGAAGAGAUUCAAGGAUAGAUUUGGGCACGUGGGAGGAGGCAGUCUAGGAGGCUUGGUGGGUUUAAGGAAGCCGGAGAAUCACGGGGUCCCAUAUUCGUUGACCGAGGAAUUUGUGGGCGUCUACAGGAUGCACUCGCUCCUACCGGAUCACCUCUUCCUCAGGGACAUCAACUCUCCACCGGGGCCCAACAAAUCUCCGCCGUUGACCGAGAAGGUUCCAAUGUCCAAUCUGAUCGGCAGCCAGGGUGAAAGGUCGUUGCAGGAUAUUGGGUUUGUAAGGCAGAUGGUUUCCAUGGGCCACCAGGCCAGUGGAGCCCUCGAGCUGUGGAAUUAUCCGGUGUGGCUCCGGGACCUUAUUCCCCAAAAUGUGGACGGCUCCGAUAGGCCUGAUCAUGUUGACCUCGCCGCUCUCGAAGUUUACAGGGACAGAGAGAGGAGCGUGGCGAGAUACAACGAGUUCAGGAGGUCGCUGCUGUUGAUACCCAUAUCUAAAUGGGAAGACUUGACAGAUGACAAGGAAGCCAUUGAAACGCUGAAGGAAGUGUACAAUGACGAUGUGGAGGAGCUGGAUCUGUUGGUGGGGCUAAUGGCGGAGAAGAAGAUCAAGGGGUUCGCCAUCAGCGAGACGGCCUUUGUCAUCUUCCUUCUCAUGGCAUCAAGGCGGCUGGAAGCAGAUAGAUUUUUGACGAGCGAUUUCAGGGAGGAGACGUACACGAAGAAGGGGCUGCAAUGGGUGAACACGACGGAGAGCUUGAAAGACGUAAUCGAUCGGCAUUACCCGGAGAUGACAGCGAAAUGGAUGAACUCAACCAGCGCCUUCUCCGUCUGGGACUCCCCUCCCAACACUCGCAACCUCAUCCCGCUCUACCUUCGUCUUCCCGCCUGAUCCCCCAUCAUCGCCGGCCGGUGAUCGUCUGCUUGCUUGCCCGCCUGUAGUUGGUCUUCCUUCGUGUAUUCAUUUUCAUUCAAUAUGUGGUGUUUAAUAAUGUUAUUGUUUUUUAAAAAUUUGAAAAUAAAGAAUAAAAAUGAUAUUUCAAUUUAAAAUAA